AUGGACAUGAAUGCUGGCAUGAGAGGUUUCACUGCAACCCUUGAAUCUUCUAAAUUGUGGGUUAUGAACGUUGUGCCUACCAUUGCCGAGAAGAACACCUUUGGUGUUGUAUUCGAGCGUGGUUUGAUUGGCAUUUAUCAUGAUUGGUGUGAAGCUUUCUCUACAUACCCAAGGACGUAUGAUCUCAUUCAUGCAAAUGGCCUCUUCAGCUUGUACAAGGACAAGUGCAGCAUGGAAGACAUUCUACUAUAG